UCUCACUAUUGUACGUGUGAAGUGCGUUAGUCAAACAAGCCUUGUAUGUUUACAUCGCGCACGCUUGUAUCAUAGCAAAAGGAGAUAAUUAUCUAUUUUCUGAAGAUACCUCAAAUAGCUUGUAACCGUGCAUCUGAAAAAAAAAAACACGGUUAGCAAGGUAAAGUUACCUAGCUGUCACAAGGCUAGCCAGCUAGCUGGUUAACUGAAACAGUUUUCUAGACGAUGGGUUCCUCAAAGAAACACAAGGAAAAGGACCGCGACAGAGAUGCCGAGGAACGACACCGAGAGCACAAAAAACACCGCCACAAGGACCGUGAGAGGGAUAAGGAACGGGACAGCAACCGAGACAAAGAGAAGAGGAAACGGUCACGGUCCCGUGAAAGAAGUAGUCGCGGAGCGGAGAAGGAAAGUCGCAGCAAAGGCGAUAAAAGCAGCGGAGAGCCGCGAGUUAAAAAGGAGAAAGUUGAUCCUGGAUAUGAAGAGACUACUGAAAUUGGACCACAGUCUGCAAGUGGGGAUGCCUCCCUUAGCAUUGAGGAUACGAACAAGUUGAGGGCCAAACUUGGUCUAAAGCCCCUUGACCUGAAUGAAAACAAGAAAGAGCUGGGCACUAAGGAGGAGCCGCUGGUGGCAGAGACCAUCAAUCCCAUCACCAUCAGGCAGCAGAAGGACAUGAGGGAGAAGCUGGCCGCCAUGAAGGAGAAGCGCCUGCUCAAUCAGAAACUGGGUAAGGUGAAGACUCUGGGCGGGGAGGAGGAGCCGUGGCUGGACGACACGUCUGCGUGGGUGGAGAGGAGUCGCAAGAUGGCCAAGGAGAAGGAGCUGGCUGAGAAGAGGGCUAAGCUGCUUGAGGAGAUGGACGAGGAGUUUGGUGUGAGCAGUCUGGUGGAGCAGGAGUUUGCUCAGGACAAAAUGGCUGCGUACACGUCCCGUGAUCUUCGAGGCCUCACUGUGCAGCACAAGCUGGAGUCUUUCAAAGAGGGAGAGAUGGUCAUCCUCACGCUGGAAGACAAAGGGGUGCUGGAGGAGAAGGAGGACGUCCUGGUGAACGUGGGCAUGGUGGAUAAGGAGAAGGCGGAUAAGAACGUGGAGCUGAAGAAGAAGAAGCCGGAGUACAAGCCCUACGAUGAAGAGGAGACCGUGGACGACAUGGCGGAGUUCAAGCCUAAGAACAUGCUGGCGAAGUACGACGAGGAGAUUGACGGCGAGAAGAAGACGGGUUUCCGUCUGAACGCUGCGGGUUGUGCUGAGGGGGAGAGAGAGCGCCAGCUGCAGGCCAUCAGGGAGGCGCUACGCAACGGAGCCCAGAGCCUGCAGAUGCCCGCGCUCACCAUCGCAUCAGAGUACUACACUGAGCAGGAGAUGGUGGGCUUCAAUAAGACCAAGAAGAGGGUGAGGAAGAUCAGGAAGAAGGAGAAGGUGGUGCCAGCCGACGAGCUCUUGGACGACACGCGCAGCACAGACUUCGGCUCCAGGUCUCGUGGGCGUGGUCAGCGGCAGAUAGUGGAGGAGAGGGAGGGGGAGGAGCCUAUUGAAGGGGCGGAGCCAAUGGAGGAGAAAAGCAGCAGCAGCAGCAGCCGAUUGGCUGUCGAUGUUCCAAAGCAGUCCGAUGACGUCAGAGUUGCAGACAUGGACAUGAGUGAUGACGAGGGUGUAGGUGUGUCUGAGCCGGUGGUGUUGGAGGAGGAUGAGGCCGAGCAGGAGCUGCAGAAGCAGCUGGAGAAGCAAAGGAAGCUCAAGCAGAAGCAGCAGCAGCAGCAGCUCAGAGACUCCGCAGAGAAGGUGAAGGAGCUGCUGAGGGGUCGUGGAGGAGCCGGGAUGGAGGACGACGACCCCGAGCACAGGAACAACAUCGUGUUCAACGCCACCUCCGAGUUCUGCCGCACGCUCGGAGACAUCCCCACCUACGGCCUCUCAGGCAACCGCGAGGACCAGGAGGACAUCAUGGACUUUGAGCAGGAGGAUGAGCGUGAGGGGGGAGGCGGCUCUGAGUCGGAGACGGACGAGAACGCCGGCUGGAGCACCGUCAACCUGGACGAGGAGCAGAAGCAGGCCGACUUUGGUACGGCCUCCACCACUAUCCUGGAUGAGGAGCCCAUCGUCAGCUCCGGCCUGUCUGCUGCCCUGCUGCUCUGCAAGAACAAAGGGUUGCUGGAUACUCAGAUGCAGAAGGUGGCGAGGGUGAAGGCUCCCAAGGUCGUGAUCCACGAUGACAACUACUGCAUUGAGGACAAGAUGAUGAUAGACGAUAAGUACAGCCGUAGGGAGGAGUACCGCGGCUUCACGCAGGAGUUCAAGGAGAAGGACGCUUACAAGCCCGACGUCAAGAUCGAGUACGUGGACGAGUCGGGCCGCAGGCUCACGCCCAAAGAGGCUUUCCGGCAGCUGUCGCAUCGUUUCCAUGGCAAAGGCUCAGGGAAGAUGAAGACCGAGAAGAGGAUGAAGAAGCUGGAGGAGGAAGCUCUGUUGAAGAAGAUGAGCAGCAGUGAUACUCCUCUGGGGACGGUGGCUCUGCUGCAGGAGAAGCAGAAGUCUCAGAAGACGCCCUACAUCGUCCUGAGUGGUAGCGGCAAGAGCAUGAACGCAAACACCAUCACCAAGUAGCGGAUGCCUGUACAUGUUCCCGAUUACACACACACACACACACACGCACACGCACACACACACACACCCACACCUAGAUCUGUUGCAUAAUUUAUGUCAACCUUACUCUAGAUUUUAUGUACAGAAUACAGCUUUGUAUGUGAAAAUGCAAAUGCCCAAACAUACAGUAACUCAUUUUAAAUUGUUAGCUUGUUGUAUAGAACAUUUGAUUGUUAACAUCUUUCAAAUCAUUGGAAUUAGCGGAAGUAGACCUGUGCUCACAUGCUAUGAUUUAUUGAUCUGUCUUUUCAUUGCUGUAUCUAUAUUUGUGAUGGCUUUUCAGUUCCGUAUUUACAACCUUUACCAAAUAAAGUGCACACCAUACCUUUCCAAA